CGGGGCGCAUGCGCAGUUGGAGUGUUCCCCGGGACGCGGCGCGAGCUCCGCAGCAGCAGCAGAAGCACCGGGCGGAAAAGGGAAAGCCGGGGCAGCUCAUCGGGGCUGCAGAGGCGGCUGGCUUCCUUCUGCAAAAAAGGGCAGCGGGCUCCGGCUUUUCGUGCAUUGCAUCGGGCUGCGUUGCAUUGGAGGCGGAGGCCUUCUUGCAGCCUCCUCUUUGCAGCCUCCUUCCCCGGCCUCCCUCCUCUCUUCUUCCCUCCCUCCUUCCAGGGAAAGCAACGCCCCCUGGAAUCCCUGGAUUCAGUCCCAGCCUCCAAGAGCCCCCCUCUGCCUCCUCUUUGCACUCCUCCUUUUGCAUCUCCUCCUUGCCCCCUUCUGCCAGAUUCCCUUUGCACGCCUCCCUUGGAGGUCAGGAGCAAGAAGAGCCUUCCAUCCCCACCAUCACCUCCCUGAACCCAUGAAGCUCAACAGAGCACCCCGCUGUUGCUAUUCUCAUCAUAGGCCCCAAACAGCAUCCUCGGUGGGCUCUGCUUCCCCCCUCCCCAUCUCCUGAAUCCUUGCUGGGUCUCAUUUUGCUUUGGCUCCUCAUUUGCCGCAUCCUUGCUCAUAUUGGUCCCAAAUAGCAUCCCCCAUGGGCUUUGCUUUCCCCAUUUUUUGAAGCCUUGGCUCCAGAGGUGCAUCCUUGUCAAAAGUUUCCUCGGGUUGACAUCUUAUUGUUUUAGUAGCCAUUCCCUUGCUGAACAAGCCAGUAGCCAUUCCUUCGCCAAAGCAAGACAAGACCGGCAUUCUGGGUCCAUGAAACUCUGCUGAAUCCUUAAGCGCUGCCAGUGAGUUGGGACUGUAUCUCCUUAUUAUUAUCAUUGGGUUCAAGCUGCAUCUCAGAUGCACUUUGCUUAAACCAUUUUCCGAAGCGCUGUUUGGUUUCCUCGGGGAGAUAGGGCAGGAUACAACUACAUUAUUAUUAUUAUUCUCAUUCACGCUUAGAAGGAAAGUCCUCUCUGGGUUUCUUGAAAGAAGACACAAUUGGAUCUUCUGUUCUGUGAAAAGCUUGGUCCAACUCCACCGAACUAGAGAACCCUAACUGAGAUUUGCAUUUGCAUGUGGAUUGAAAUUACACCCUGUUUUUAUUAUCAUUGGGUGCAAGCAGCAGCCCUGAUGAGCUUUGCUUUCCCCAUUUUCUGAAGCCCUGUUUGGCUUCCUUGCUUUGUCUCCUUCACGCUUAGAAGGAAAGCCCUCUAGGCAUCCUGAAGGAAGACGCAAUUGGAUCUCCGGAUCUGUGAAGAGCUUGGCCCAGCUAGAGAACCCUCAUUGAGAUUUGCUUGGGGAUUGAAAUUAGACUCUGCUUUUAUUAUCACUGGGUGUAGCAGCAUCCCAGAUGGGCUUUGUUUUCCCCAUUUUCUGAAGCUCUGCUUCAUCUUGCCUUGUCUCAUUCAAGCCUCAGGAGGCGAGCCCUCUCUUUGCCCAUGGCCCAGGAUUCCUUAUGAGCAAGAAUAGCCAUCCCCUCCUGCUUUCUCUUCCUAGUUUGGUGACCUUUCCAAAAGAAGACAAGAUCAUCUCUCUAGAUCUGUGAAAGAGGUUGGCGCAACUCCUCCGAACUGGAGAACUCAUUCCGGGGCUGUCAGUAGGUUGAGAUUGUCAGGCUCUUCUGCUUUUGCUCCUUGGGGUUCGGACUCAUUCUCUCCCCGUCGCCGCCAUGAGCUUCUUUGGGUUCGGACAGACCGCCGACUUGGAACUGGUCCUGAGCGACGCCGAGAGCAGGCGGCGAGCAGAACACAAGACCGAAGAGGGCAAGAAGGAGAAGUACUUCCUCUUCUACGACGGAGAGACGGUUUCAGGGAGGGUCAUCCUCACCCUCAAGCAUCCCAACAAACGCCUGGAGCACCAAGGCAUCAAGGUGGAGUUCAUUGGGCAAAUUGAACUGUAUUAUGACCGAGGGAACCACCAUGAAUUUGUGUCCCUGGUGAAGGAUUUGGCCCGUCCCGGUGAAUUCACCCAAUCACAAACCUUCGAUUUCGAAUUCACACAUGUUGAGAAACCGUAUGAGUCGUAUACCGGACAGAACGUGAAGCUAAGGUAUUUCCUCCGUGCCACGGUGAGCCGCAGGCUGAAUGAUGUGGUGAAAGAAAUGGACAUUGUUGUGCAUACACUGAGCACGUACCCCGAACUCAAUUCCUCCAUCAAGAUGGAGGUGGGGAUUGAAGAUUGCCUGCACAUCGAGUUUGAGUACAAUAAAUCCAAGUACCAUUUAAAAGAUGUGAUUGUUGGGAAGAUCUAUUUCCUCCUGGUGCGGAUCAAGAUCAAACACAUGGAGAUCGACAUCAUCAAGAGGGAGACCACGGGGACUGGACCCAACGUGUACCACGAGAACGAUACAAUAGCGAAAUACGAGAUUAUGGACGGGGCUCCAGUAAGAGGGGAAUCCAUCCCCAUUAGGCUCUUCUUGGCUGGCUAUGAGCUGACGCCCACCAUGAGGGACAUCAAUAAGAAGUUCUCGGUGCGCUAUUACCUCAACCUGGUGCUGAUUGAUGAAGAAGAGCGGCGCUAUUUUAAACAGCAGGAGGUGGUGUUAUGGCGCAAAGGGGACAUUGUACGGAAGAGCAUGUCCCAUCAGGCUGCGAUUGCCUCCCAGCGUUUUGAAGGCACGUCCUCCCAGACAGAAAGCAGGCCGCCCAGCCAGCCAUCAGAGAACAACGGCCGACAGUGAGAGGUUCAACCAAGGAGGAGGUUCUGGAGAAGGUCCCUCGGUCAAGCCUUGGGCCUGCAGACCAGGAAAGAGGAUGCCCAUCUUUCACCAGAGACUUGCAAACACACAUUAUCUGUUGGGUUGUGAGUGUGCGUGUGCGUGUUUUUCUUCCCUUCUUUUCCAUUUCUUUAUUCCUUUUCUCCUAAGGACUAGCAACUUGCAGGACAGGGAGGGAAACGGCGCAUGUGACGGCAACAUUCAAUGUUCCAUGGGGUGGGAUGGAAAAUCUGAUGCUUGUCGAGCAUGAGGGGAACUGUGGAAAAAGAGUGUUUGUGUUACAGCACCUUUUUUGUGUAUUCAAAAUGUAAAGAACCUUGUUGAUUUGACUGUACAUACAACUUUUUUUCUUAACUUCCUCCUUUCUCCCCCUCCCUCAAUCCCACUUGCAUCAAUCAAACGUAUGCAUACAUAGUGCUGCAUAUGAGGCACGUGUGGGAAAAUCCCCUUCAUCCGGCAUCGAAGGAACACUUUUUGAAACAUUAAAAUGGGUAGUCACAUUUUGUUGUUGGUAUCCAGAAAGGGCUCUGUUCUAAAGCUUUUCAAACACAGAGAUGGUAGAUCUUGGGCUCCAAACAUCCAGAGGGCCAAAGAUUCACCAGGGAGAGGGUCACUGUGUUUCUCUCUGAGUCUGUUUGGAGUAUAAUUCAGAAAACAAAUGGGUAUCAGCGCCGCUUGCAGACAGUUAGGCAGCCUCCUGUAGAAGAGUUUAACAGAAGAGUUUGAAUAAGCUAACUUUGUCUGAAUUGAAUGAGAUGGAGACAGGCAAGUCCUAAAGAAGUAUAACGGAACCUCUAAGACCUUUCUGGUUGAUUGUUGCACAUAGUCUGAUAACUAAAAUAUUUUAGAUUUAGAAGACACAUUGGGAAGAAGCAAUUCAACAAUAUGCCUUUUGUCAGGUUGUCCAGGAUCAUGGAAUCAUAGAAUGUAGAGUUGGAAGAGACCACAUGGGCCAUCCAGUCCAACCCCUUGCCAUGCAGGAAAAGCAUCCUCCAUUGAGGAAACAUUACAUAGGAGGGAAUUGGCUUGAAAUGUGACAUUCCGAGCUCUAUGAAAACCCACCUUCCAAAGCAGCCUCUGCAGAGAGCUCUUCCUGUCUCCUGCUGUUCCUAGGCAUUUUUUGUGAUUUUAGGGAGGGCAAAGUAUCCCAUGUCCCGCCCAGAAGGAGGUUCCAUGCAAUCUCUUUGUGAUGCCCUCUUCUGAACUCAUUCCAGUCUUGAGUAAGAAAAUACAAUUCUGGAUUCACCAAUUCAUUUUUAAUUUGAAAGCAGAGGAAAUUGCCUUAGAGAAAGCACACCAUCAAGAGUGAUUCAUAGCUGGUGCUUCUUAUCCAGAAUCUUGCUGUGUGCGAAGUCUUGGGCAGAGAGAGACUCAUGAUCCCUUAGUCCAUUUAACAUGAAUUUGUAGGAAUGAUACCUGGGAUGGUCUGAAGACCCUUUCCAGAAAUGUUCCUCUUUUUUUUUGCUGAAGAAUUCCACAUCAGGUCAGGCAAUCAUAAAAUAUAUAAUUUUUUUCAGCUUUUACUGAAAGUGUACUUUGGUAUGACCUGGGUCUGGGAGGCACAAAUGAAAUUUGGACGCUUUUGGCAAAGUGCGAAGAGAGUCCUAUAAAAACUGCCUCCCAAAACCUGAAAAACCACAACAUUGGAGCCAAAGCUCUAGCUGCCCUUCUAAAGAGAUGGGAGCAAUAUAUUUGCCCUUAAAAUGUACAGAGUUAGGUGGAUGUCUUCUUCCUCCAGCAUGGGUCAUUCUUUUCGUUUCCAGCCUUUGCAUAGACAUACGGACAAUUGCCAUUGCUUUUCUGCCCUUUCCCUGUUUUGUGAUAAAUAUGCACUUUCCUUCCGUAGAGGGCCUGAAAUACUGAAUGUUAGUUCUGAGUUUUUGUAAAUUUGCAAGCUGAGCCGACCUUCCUCCAAAAGAAACUGUUUGCAUGUCAUUGAACAACUAGUGAAUACUUUCCUAUUUUGCCUUUUGACUUCAGCACUUUGAUGAAUGUGUUUUUAAGCUUCUCCCAAUCACCCUUCUCGUAAAGGAUGGGGACUGGAAUUCAAAAAUUCCUUUCCCUUCAAAUAAAAGGAAAGGAGGCCCACAGUUUUAAUGAAUCCAUGGACAUACAUGCUUUUUUAUAUAGUUGUGUAUUCGUUUCCUUUAUGUAAUAAAAUAAAAGUGCAGUUUUAGAUCUUAGAAGUGUAGGAUUGUGCUUCUGUGGAGAUUCUGAAAGGCCAGGAAUACAUGGCAGUGUCAGCUCUUCUGUUAAAACAGAGUCCUUAUGAAUGCAGUGGUGAACAGUUCAUGGGUGGCACCUGCCAAAGCUUCAAAAGCAGAGUUAAAUGAUUUCCAGUGUCCUGUAUCUUCUGCAAGACGUAGCAAAGCCAGAACACGUGCAAAAGAAUUAUUAAAAUGUAGUUUAAUUAAACAGAAUGGCCUAGUUUGCAGUGUGGGUGCGAUAAUUCAGGUUUGCAGGGCACAGUUUGGAUCACCUGGAUGCCAACUUGUUUUCUUGAUUUGGUACAUUUGUCCUUUGAAAUACAGCAGGCCAUCCAGUUUUGUAGAGAUACCUUAGAGACUUCCACAUAAGUGGAAGAACUCCAAUUUUUAAAAAGAAACACCAUUAAAAAACCCCUGAUAACAUCUCUCUUAGGCAUUUCUAUGUUCUCCAGAGCAUCAACUGUCACCAGGAGAAUCUAGAAAUACCUAGAGACUUUAAUUGGUGGAAUUUUAAGUUCCAUCAGCCUUAGCCAGUGGUGGGAAACAAUGAGAGUUAGAGUCCAAAAGCAGCUGAAUGGCUACAUUAUUUUCACCCAUUUGAAACCCUGAAGCCCCCUUUUCUCCUUCAACUGUGAGAUCGGUAUCCCAUCCUAUCUAUAUCAUGCUUCAUUCUUAUUUGUGGUGACCCCAGGCCUUGUUUACAGCCGAGGUUGUCCACCAAACUGAUAAUCCAGGUGUCGUCAACUAUUUUGGGAUCCAUAAAGACCUGUUUGCUCUGGAUUAUUAAACAAGUAUGAUUUUUUUUUUGAAGAUCAAGCUAAUGUCCAUUAUAGCUGGUGGUUCCUCUGAAGCAGAAUGCAAACUUUGUUCACAGUUUGCAGUCAUUUUUUUAGUCAUUUCUUCUUCCUUUUUCAUGGCUUGUAUAUAAGCCCCUGCCUCUAAAACCUUAACUGUAUUAAAGCCACUGAGCCAGUUUAAUUAGACUGCUAAGAUUUUCUUAUCCAAUCUCUGAAAAUGGACCUGAAAAUAGCAAGAUGUAUGUUGAGAUUUCAUGGAUUUGCAAUAAUGAGGAAAAAGUGCACAAUGGGGGAUUGGGUGUAAUAUUCUUGGAAAUAUUAAGCUUUCAUUUCCCAAAAAAAACCAAUGGUCCCUCAUGGUUUCCAAUACAGCAUUUCAGUGCCAUCGGUGCAAAAGGUGAUGGCACAACCUGAAAGGUAAGGCUGCAUGAUGUUAGAAGGUUUUGGAGGACUCCCCAUAGAUCUAAACCUUUCUCUUCCAGAGUUUGGACAAGUUACCCUUUACCAUUACGUUGGCCAUGCUUUUGGGGGGUGGGCAGUUUUGGCAGAUGUAAUACCAAAAGGUAACUUUCCCAAGCUCUGCUCUCUUUUCCCAUUCCAAAUAGAAGCUGAGUGACUUGUCCAAAGUUGCAAGCAUCAAGACUAUGGAAAAUACUGCAUCACUCUUGCAUAAUUUAUAUGGCUUUGCAUAGAAUGUGCUUUUCCUGCCCAUUGUGCGCUACAUUUCCAACUUGCAUCUGGUCAUUCCUGGAAAAAGCCAUGUUUCAAUUGAAUCUCCAACCUGAGACUGAAUGGAAAAGGCUGUCAGAAAGGAUCAUAGUGUGGGAGGGAUAUGUGCAGGAAGGAGCCUAUAGGUACUAAAUCAAGCAGUGUAACUUGUAAAUUAAAAGCCUCUGCAUUGUUUACAUGUUUCUUAAUUCAUUGUCUUUUAAAUGGUUGUAUUUUUAAAUGAUGACUUUUUUUUGUUUUUGUCUCCAAUUAAAAAAAGGGCCGCUCUAGGCUUUCAAAGGA